CGGGGAGCGGGCGGCGGGGGGCGGCGGCGGCCCGCGCGGCCGGGAGGAUGCUGCUGUCCCUGGUGCUCCACAUGUACUCGAUGCGCUGCGUGCUGCCGGCCGCCGUGCUCCUGGGCUCGGCCCCCACCUACGUGCUGGCCUGGGGCGCCUGGCGGCUGCUGUCCGCCUUCCUGCCCGCGCGCCUCUACCAGGCGGUGGACGACCGGCUCUACUGCGUCUAUCAGAGCAUGGUGCUCUUCUUCUUCGAGAACUACACCGGCGUGCAGAUAUUGCUAUAUGGAGAUUUGCCAAAAAAUAAAGAAAAUAUAAUAUAUUUAGCAAAUCAUCAAAGCACAGUUGACUGGAUUAUUGCUGAUAUUCUAGCCGUGAGGCAGAAUGCUCUUGGACAUGUACGCUACGUCCUGAAAGACGGGUUAAAGUGGCUCCCAUUGUAUGGGUGUUAUUUUUCUCAGCACGGAGGGAUCUAUGUAAAGCGAAGUGCCAAAUUUAAUGAAAAGGAAAUGAGAAGCAAGCUGCAGAGCUACAUGAAUGCAGGAACUCCAAUGUAUCUUGUGAUUUUUCCAGAGGGAACAAGGUAUAAUCCAGAACUAACAAAAGUCAUUUCAGCUAGUCAAACAUUUGCUGCUCAAGAAGGCUUUGCAGUAUUAAAACAUGUGCUGACACCAAGAAUAAAGGCAACUCAUGUUGCUUUUGAUUCUAUGAAGAAUUAUUUAGAUGCAAUUUAUGAUGUGACAGUGGCUUUUGAAGGGACUAUUGAUGAUAAGGGGCAGCGGAAAGAAGCACCAUCCAUGGCUGAAUUUCUCUGCAAAGAAUGUCCAAAAAUUCAUAUCCACAUUGACCGUAUAGACAAAAAGGAUGUUCCGGAAGAACAAGCAUAUAUGAGAAGAUGGCUUCAUGAGCGUUUUGAAAUCAAAGAUAAGUUGCUUAUUGAAUUUUAUGAUUCACUGGAUCCAGAACGAAGAAACAAAUUUCCUGGGGAAAGUGUUAAUUCUAAAUUAAGUCUCAAGAAGACUUUACCAUCGUUGUUGAUCUUAAGUGGUUUGACUGCUGGAAUGCUCAUGACCGAGGCUGGAAGGAAACUCUAUGUGAGAACGUGGAUUUAUGGAACCUUAAUUGGCUGCUUGUGGGUUAGUAUAAAGGCAUGAACAGGUAGCCAGCCGUCUGCAGGCAGUGGGAUGCGCUGCAUGGUUUAGUAUUGGCAGCCACACCUUACGUCAGAUUGUUUCCCGAAUUUAAUAAGAAGUGUAAAUAAAGCCUUGUUGAUUGAACAUUGGAUAAAAUAGAAUUUCUGAUUAAAGCCAAUAUGCAGUUGGUCUUGGGCAAACAUAACGUGGUUUCAUGACUUUAGAACAGAAGCUGCUGGAAAGGGAAAAGCUAAGCAGUGUAUGCUAUCACUUGGCAUCUCCUGUGAACUAAUGUCAUCUUCAGAAGAUUAAUAGGAUUGUAUGAUGAUUGUUUUGUAAUUCAAAUAGCUGCAUUCAUGAACAUUAAUUUGCAGUAUAUUUUACUGUAUUUGUUAUUUUUAAUUUUUUACAACUUGACUAAUCCAGCCUUUCUCGCUACGGUAUUUAGUAUCUUGGAGCUCUGUGAUAUUUUGCUGUUUGCUUAAUUUCUCCAAGUGAGUGAAAGAAAUUGUAUUUAAAUAUAAGAGGGAUACAAGGUAAAGGGCGAGGAGUUGUACGUGGGGAGGAAGCUCUGGGUAGCGCAUGCUUUUAGUGGACUGCAUCGUUAGCUGAUUUUACUUUAUAUUUGCAGAGUAAUUAACAUUUCUAAUAUUUAUUGAAACAGCUUAAUUUGCACACCCUGUAUUGUAUACAAAAGAAUAAUGUAUAAAAUAUGAGAAUUAAGUUUAAGUUAGAAUUGUGACCCUGAUUCUUUGUGGCAGAACUUUCCAUUGCCCGGCUUUCUGAAGAGUUCCGCGAAGCUCUUAGUGCUUCCCGACAUCUGUGCCAUAACUACUUGAAAACCUGCAGGUUUCCUAUCAUUUUUUAUAUCAAAAUAAUCAGUGUGAACCGUUGUUGGACCUGAGUCCGCAGAUAUUUGAGGUGAUGGGAGCCUCCAGACGUCUGACUAGAUUCACUAGCAUGUGCCUUUUGCCUGUAACUCUUGAGUUUAGCAAAACCUUUAAUUCAGAAGUCACUUUUUUAAUGUCCUCACGGUCGAUUCCCACCGUGUUUGGAUUCUUUUCCUUUGGAUUCCCGGCAGCAUGCUGCUCGGUGCCUGGCACAGGACACACACCGGGGAGAGGCGUGUCAGUGCUGCGGCAGAGGCCCUUCCUCCACGCUCUCGGGGCCGGCCUCGCUGGCUGCAGCAGACGGUUUGCGGUUGUCGCACGUCAAGAAGGUCACCUUCCACGAGCCCGGGAGACUGCAUCCGUCAGGCCUGGACGGAUGUGUUUAGUUGUCAUGAGUCCCCAUGGGGCUACACCACCGUCCACGUCACCUCCACACAAGAGCUGUGUUUCAGGAACCAAAUCACACGAUUGGGUUUUCAGUCUCAAAAUAAUAAGAUCUGUCCUGUGCGGGAGGACGGCCUUUGUGGAUCUGCUCUGUUUUUAUGUCACAACUUAAAUGUGAUUGCCUACUAGUCCCUUAAGAUAACAUUUCUGCUUAAUGGAUUUUUGUUGUAAAAUUGUAUCCAUGUCCCCAGAUGAAACACACCAGCUGAAUCAUGAACAAAAUGAAAAUAAUAAAUAAGGGAGAUUUCGUCUGACGGAUUCUCCAGACCCAGACAGGAGGCCGUGUCGGCACCUUUGCGGAGCCGGGUGGAGGGAAUUGUACAUACGUUAGUGUGUGUGUGCACACAUCCCCACGGGAUACGGCCGGCCUGGUUAAGUGUGGCGGGGUCAGUAAAACUGAAAAGUGUUCUCAUGCCAAUUGUCGUUUUUUCUCUUAUUGUAAGGUGAAAUUCAAAUCAAUCCCGUGUCUCUGUUAAUACUUUUUAAAAAAAAAAAAAAAAACCCUAAAGUUAGAACCUAUUUCUAAUUAGAUCAAAGUAAAUGCAAGUUGCAUAACUUACUUUGAAUAUCAUGGAUAUGCUCUAAAUUUAAAUUUUAAGAAGAAAUACCAUUGGAAUUAUGUUGAUUAUAACUGACUUUAAGGAGUCACAGUGAACUGCAUAAGAUCACUUUGAACAUCAUGUUUCUUAAGAACAUACUUAUAUUCUCACAAAAGUUCUAUAAAAUAUAUUUGUUAGUUUAAAAAUUUUGUAUCAAAAUAUUUGGAAAAUUAGAAGCUUCUUUUUAACAUGUGUUGAUAUGACUUGAAUUAUUAUUUUCUAAAAUUAAGAGCCCUGUAUCUACCUGUACAUCUUUUCACAUAUCAUUUAAGCCUUUGUCUUACUAUUAUUGUUGAUUUGCAGCUUAGUUAUUACUUAGUUUUUCUUUGUAAGAAUGCCAUCAAUGUGCAUGCUUUUACGUUUUCCAGAAAAGGGUGUGUUUGGAUGAAAGCAAAAGAAAAAAUAAAAUCUUUCUGUCUCUCA